AUGCACGCAUCCAUUAUCCUCACCUCCUUUGCUGUCGCACUGCUCCCUUCUAUGGCAGUUGCUGACUGGGCCUCUGUCGCGGAUCCUGUCAAGCUUGCCAGCUGUGGUACUACAUGCAGCAGUAUUUUGCCCUCCUUUAGUAACGACUCUUUCGAUGACAUUUGUAACAAAUUGGUCGAAGAUGGCUGCGCAAAGGCCAUGAUCACUGGAGACAAUGAUGUGGGAUCUGUUGGAUUUGCCAAAAAUGGCGAUGUCAGCUGCGAUGAUGCUAAGCCCGCUGGCCAGCUAACUUGCACCAAUGCGUUCCGUGAUGCUGUGGGCUCUGCCACUGGCUUUGGCCGCAUCGGUGGGACCCGGUCCCAGCAGCACUCCGUCUACAAUGCGGAUGGUGUCGAGAUUGGCACCAUUCCCCUGACCGGAGCCUGUCUUCCUAUUGGUGAGACCAAUGCCUGUGUUUAG